AUGCUGAGUGGCAAUUGCAUAUCUGAUUACCAAUACUUAUCUGUGCGAUGCAUAGGACUAGCUAGGAAGGGCCAUCUUGCCACAAGGUAAGAAAUAAGAUAACCUGUUUAAAGGUGCCCCAAUGAUUUAAAUUGACCCUUAAAAACUCAAAAUUGUUAAUGCUGGAUUGUUCCUUUAAAAUUACUUCAAAAUAAAAAUAAGUUAUCACAGUCACUGACAUGGAAAUUCUAUAUAAUUACUUAAAAUCCCAAAUUUGCAUAUUUUUUUUAUCAUUGUAACAAAGGAUAUAUAUAGAAGAGCACUGGACUUUCAAUAAAGGAUUAUGACAUCGUUGCAUACGUCAACAUUCCUUUACUUAACAAAAGUGUCUAUGAUCUUUUGUUUACCUUAAUGUUGUGCUCCACAGAUCUGGAGCGUGAAGAAAUGUAUAUCUCACAUUUUUAGAAUUGAACAGAUCAAAAUAGCACAGCUUACAGCUUGCUUUCUAUUUCCUCUUUACGGUAAUGGGAUUCAAGUACCAUAGCCAACACAUGCUUUAUGUAAGGUUAGAAGCAUCCCUUAAAUGAAUACAUCCUAAUGGAAAGAGUAAACAAAAUAACAAAUCCAGGUUAUUUGCGAAAAAUAGAAUGGGUAUGAGAAAUAAUAGUGCCAGGUUGUUAAAGACAGGAUACAAAAGAUUUAAAGCCUCUGCUUUUAUGUUGCCCUUUAAGAUCAUCAAGAUUUACCCUGUGAAUGCCUAGCCAGACCUUAGAUAUAAUGAAGUCUAAAAGUGUAUAAAGAAAGAAAAAAAAUUGUGUAACUUAUUAAUUUCAAAUGUUAACACCAUUGUUAUCUUAAGUAUGUUCUCAUCGUCCUUAUCUUAUUCUUUAUCAAUAAUGUUCUUUACUUUCUAUCUCGCAGACAUAGUCUUGCAUGCACUCAUAUACAACUUACAUUGACAGCAUAAUGAAGGCAAUGCAGAGCUGUCAAAGAAAAUCUUUUAUCAUUUGUAAAAUUAUAGGCUGGUAGAAAAUUACUUAACUGUGCCAUUAACUGCAAGCGCAUUUGGAACAAAUAAGAAGUCUUCCCUUUUGAUAUUAUCUGAUAUAUGAGAAUAAUAAUAGAACUCCAGAUUGAAGCCGGCUUAUAAAGAUUGUGGACAUUACUAGCUUCUGGGUUAGCAGAGAAUUCAAUAUGGCAUAGAACUCAAAAGGAACAUGAUAAUAAUGCACAAUGGACUGAAUUUUCUAAAAGGAAUUACAAGAUAAGAGGAUAUAUUUUGAGCAUAUAAUAUUAAAAUUACAAGGUGAGUGUAACCCCUUCUCAUCUGAAGGAAUCUUUUAUUCAUGUGUUGACAAGGAUUAAUUCAGUUUACACAUAGUAAAAAAAAACAUCCAGGAUAGAUAGAUAGAUAGAUAGAUAGAUAGAUAGAUAGAUAUUGCAAGCCACAGUAGUGGAGGGGGAAGAGGGCAGUAGUGAGCUUUUUCAUUUUGCAACAAAAAAGAAAGAUCAGUAGUGUACUGCUCAUCCAAACUUUUUUGGGGAAUGUGCCAGGGGGUUGUCCCACAGGUUAAUGGACGGAGUGAUGGAGAACAGAACUUUGCUGCACACCCCUCUUCUAGCUGGGUCACAUUGAAUACCUGACUGUGCAGCAGAUGCUUUGUUUUCGACUAUAUUUUCAUUAAAAACACAGACAGGAUCAGCAGUAGAAGGUUCAUGAGUAGAGGUGAGGUGACAUAACAUGAUAUAUCCUCACCUCUCUGUUAGUAUGGGUGUCAUUUAGUUUUUCUAUUAACUAAAGCCCCAGGUGUAGAUAGAUAGAUGGUAGAGGUUAACACAGUAAAGGAGUCUAAGCAUGCGUGGGAUAGGCAUAAGGCUAUCCUAACUAUAAGAUAAGGCCAGGGACUAAUGAAAGUAUUUAUAAAAUUGGGCAGCCUAGAUGGGCUGGAUGGUUCUUAACUGCCGUCACAUUCUAUGUUUCAAUGUUAUAUAAAUAGUUUGUUCUAAAGAGUUUAAAUGAUGAAACACUGACAGAAAUCAAGAGAUCAAAUCAAGAGAUUCACUGGAGUGCUGCUUUUUUAAGUUUAUAUUUUUUAUCACCAGCAAUACUAGUAAAUAUAUGGUCAUAAUUUUUUAGACUUAUUUGUUUGUUUGCUUGUCUUACGGUCAUGGCCCCCGGCUCGCCGCCAUGUGCGUCCGUGCCCGACCGGCACGACCGCACCAACUCACUGAGCUUACCUGCUCAGCGGCGAGCCGGGAACCGUUCCUCCACGCUGCUCGGAUCAAUCCAAGAUGGUGCCGACCAUGAGGUCGCGUCCAUCCAUGGCUCCACCCCCCAAAAUUAUACGAACGUGCGCGUGAUGUCACGACAUCAACGCACGCGCACGUUCUGGGGUCAGAGGUCACCCUCUGACCUAUCAGAGCCUAGAGAGGGAUAUUUAAAUCCCUAAUUCACCCCAGUACUUUGCCCUGUCGUGGUUUCCUGUUCCUGGUUCGCUAGAGUGCGUUUAUCUUUGUGAAUAUUACUUCCUGGUAUCCUGAACUUGGCUUUUCCCUGGUUAUUCCGAAUUCUGGUUCCCCUGACUUGGCUUGUUUAAACGGUAUCUGAGUAUUUCUGGCUUUCCCUUUGACCAUUCUCUAUCUCUAGCGUAUUAGUCCGGCCAUUCUAAGGUCCGGUUUACGCUCUGUCCUUUUAUUUCCUUUCCUUUUGUAUGUAUAUGUUUACAUAGUUUCUGCAUGUUGGACCACACUAGCAGCCGUUACACUUACUUUUAUUACAUAUUGGCCUUUUCUGGAAAGAUUUUAAAACACCUAUCAAAUUGAGCAAUGCAAAUAAUCAUGUUUAAUCAAGUUCCUUAUUAUAGAGCCUCUGUCAGUAUUAGAUGGAGCUAAUACAUAUUGCUGUGUCAAUCAACCAAUCAGAUAAAGAAAAAUAAACAUUGUUAUCUAAUGAGACAAAGAAGUGGUAGGAAAUUUCUUUUCUCCAAAAUUAUAUAGAGGAAGGUUUUAUUCCAAGGGGCUCAAGAGCUGACAAGAUGCCAGCAUAUGGCUUGGAAAGUAAUACAUUUAAAAAAAAAAUAGAUCCUACUCAAUUGUUCAAUGCAAAUAAUGAAAUUAAUAAUUGAAUAUUCUAAAUAAAUGAAAGAAAAAAUAGAACAAUUCCUAAUUCCUUUGACAAAAUGGGGAGAGGAUUAUAAAGAAAAAGAAAAAUUAAUGUAUAAUAAAAUAAAAAAUCUGGAUGAGAAAAUUGGGGAACUAAGUGUAAAAAGUAUAAAAGAGACAAAGUGGAUAAAAUGUUUAACACUUUUUCACUACAGAAGAGAAUAGCCAAUAAGAGUUGGACAAUUUUCUGUAGAUCAUAAAAUAUUAGAACAGGGAACCCCCCUAAAUAGAUAUACAGACAGGAGGAGAAGGGAAUCCAGGGGGAAAAAAAUAACACAAAAAUAUAUACAAAAUCACUUAUACAAAAGGAAUUCACCCCAAAGAAAUUCACUCCAUAAGCCACUAACCAAUAGAUCGUACUAUCCAUCUAAGAGCAAAGAUUACCAAGAAGGAAUCUAUUCACGGGUAGGGAUAUUAGUCCAUCAGGGGGGGCCAUUAAGAAAAAAAUCAUAUACUCAAGCUGUAGAGGAUUCCCCUAAUGAACAUAGAAGCAGAAGGGAAGAUAACAUGAGUUGUUUUUUACUUUUUUUUUUUAGAAAGAGGGAACUAUGGUUACAAAUUACUAAAUUACUUCCAGCCAACGAAGGAGGGAUGGGAACAUCAAAAUCGAUUUACCACACUCCAAAGGAAAUCACCCAUAAAAAGAAUGAGGGUAGAGGACAAUGCAAAAAGCAACCAGAACGAAAGGAGAUCUUACCAAAGAUUGAAACAGACAAGC